GAUCCACCUGAUGGCUGGGCGGAUUCCCCUGGGCGCAGACCGGGCAGCAGUGGCAGGUGAGAUGGAAACCACCUUCACUGAGAAUCUCAGAUAUGCUGCUGACCUCCUGGCCCAGGAGGACAUGACUGGACUGGUGGAACCUAUUAACAACCGCAUCACCGACCCUCGCUACUAUCUGAAUACCCCGCACCAAGCUGCUGCCAUCCUGCAGAAGGUGGGGAGGCCCAACCUGAAGCUGCAGCUGGAUCUCUUUCACUGCCAGAUCAUGGAUGGGAAUUUGUCACGCAACCUGGAGACAUACUUCCCACUCAUUGAUCACAUCCAGAUCGCGCAGGUGCCAGGGCGGCACGAGCCUGACAGCCCUGGGGAGUUGAACUUCCCCUACAUCUUCGAGCUCCUGGAGUCCCUCGGUUACACUGGCUACGUGGGGUGCGAGUAUGCUCCGAAAGGAGACACCCUGGAAGGUCUGGGCUGGCUGCGCUCAUACUGGGAGAGCAGAGGGCUGCAGUGUGAUGGGACCAGCAAGGCAGCAGAGUAA